AUGGACGGCAUCGCCUACGCCGCGAUCAUUUUCGUCUGCGCCGCCGUUGGCGGCGGCACACCGCUAAAAAAUGGUUUCGCGCGCGCUUUCUCCCACGUAGGCCUGGCGCAGACUCGCUGGGUGCCGAUGUCCAGGGUCGUGCCGAUGGUGCCGACGGGCGAUCCCGGGGAGGAGCGAGAGGGAGGAACCUCUCUCCCUCACAUGCCGGGCCUGUGCGGACUAGGCCGCUCCGCCGCGCUGUCUCUCGUCGGGGCGGGGGUCCUCUUCCUCUCGCUCACCAUGUGCGUCAGCGGCGGCGAGGAUGGCUUGGGCAUCUUCGUGGCGAUCAUCGCGCACAAGGUUUUCGCCGCGUGGGCGCUCGGCGUCGUCGUCGGCAUGAGUCUCUCUACGGCCGCGUGGGUCGACAGCACCGUGGAGAGCAGCCUCGUCGCACUGGCCGCGGGCUUCUUCCUGUACGUCGGCCUGAUGGAGAUCAUCGCGAAGGAACUCGUCGACUACCAGACGAAGGGCGCUGGCUGGUUCGCCUCCCUCAAGCUGUUGAUGCUCCUCCUCGGCUUCUCCUUGAUGGCGAUGCUUGCGAUCUGGGUCUAG